UUUAAUUAAAUGAAAUAUACAAAAAACAAUGUUACAUAUGUACACACACAUAAUUUAAAAAUGGACUCCAAACUCAGGUUGUACUUGCUCCCAGUGAUGCUAUAUGGAGGUGGUUAAAGUGGACUUCUGAUAUAUUAAGUAAUAAUUAUUAAUUCUGAGUGGUGAGUAUAUGGGCAUAGAUUGUGCUAUUCUUUGUGCUUUUCUAUAAAGUUUAAUGUCUUCCAAAUAAGGAAAAAUCACCUAGUUAAAUCAAACUUGUAAGAAUCAAACUUGACUCUUAGUAAAUAUGUUUAGUAACAUUUCUUCAUAUAUCCCAACCUCUAUUAACUAUAUUUUCCAGCAGUUGAGUAAAUCAGAGUAACGUAUUCAUUGAUUCAGAAAGCAAAUGUUUCUUGAGCAUCUUCCGUAUGAAUGCAUUAUGGUGAGUGUUGGGACAGGCCUUUAUAUAGAAAUAUUUUCUGCCCUUACAUAGCUCAUAAUCUAAUCAGAGAAAAAGGCAUUAGAGGAAUACUCACGCCCCAAAUAAACUCUGAUAAGUUCUAGGAAAGAAAAGAUUGGGUGCCAUGAAAGUCUAUAAUUGUGGUACCGGAUUUAAAGGGCAGGAGGGAUUAUGCUACUUCACAAUAAUCUAUUUAGAUAUUUACAGAUAUAAAUCCAUUAACACAUAUAAACAUAUUUAUUAUCUACUACACUGAAUAAGCACUACAUUUGAAUUACUUCUAAUAAAUUAUAUGUAUAGGCAUUAUUACUAGCUCACUUUUACAAAUGACUUGAGUCAUGAUUAGCAUCACACAAGUAGCAAGGGUGAUUCACACCCAAUUCUGACUCCAUGGCCUAUGCUCUUUAAUUCUGACAUUACAGCACAAGCAAACUACUUUGGCCCAUGUCCAUCUCCAGUCAUUUACUCCCUUAUCCUUAUUUUAUACUACACUCUAGAACUCGCUCAUUUUGAAGGGACAAUGCAACUGAAGGAACUCUCAAGACAGUUGUUGGAACAUUUUAACGUUUUAGAGAUUAGUUUGUCAGCAAAUCUGAAAUAAUAAAUUUUCUUGACUGAGCAACAUACCGUUGCUUACAACUCAGUUUUGUUUAUUGAGGAGUUAGUGGUGAGGUUGCCGUAUGUCAGGCAGAGGAUAAAUUAUCGAGAAGAAAAUAGACAUGAUCUUUGCUCUCAUGGUGUUUACAGUCGGUUGGUCAGUCAGACAUUACACAAAUAUGUAAAAAUAUGUGUGCAACUUGUUAUAGUUAACAUGAAAGUGUAGAAAGACUGAGCCAAGUGAGGAAAACAUAAAAGACCUAAUUUAGACUGGAGGCAGGGGAUCAGAGAACUCUACCAGAAACCACACCGAGAAGUUUUUUUUUCCCCCCCUAGGAUGCAAGGUGCUAAAACCCUUCAAUAUCCACGGAGGCUGCAGCCGCCGUGGCGGUGAGAUCUUGGCGCCCCAUUGUCCAGUCGGAGGCUGGUGCGGCUUUGCCCGGCUCCGGAGGGGACCGCCAACUUUAUUCUACAUUGCUGUGGUGUGAGGAGAGUUUUCAUCACUGGAACUUUCCGAUUUUUUCCUAGUGUCUUCCUAGCGUCUUUCUGCCAGAUCUUUCGCUCCGCUGUGACCGUCGCGCGUCUGGUCAGUCUACAGAGGACCCCGAUUUUGAGUUUUCUCUCUUCCUCCGCUCCGCAAACCUAGCACUUCGCGGCGGCUCCUCGCGUGGCUCGCGCCUGGCCAUUGCACUUGGCCGCACAGUCCACUCCUCUCCCUCCAGGCGGCAGGUGGGUUGGAGGUGAGCGAGCUGGUGAGGGUCCGGCGCUCCUCGCCCUUGGCUGGCCUCUAGGUGGAGGUCGGCCCGGGGCGAGCGCUCGGUGCGCGUUCUGGGCCGUCUGCGCCUGGCGCGCGCCGCCGGCCCGCGCUCGCUUCCGUCCCUCCUCGCGCUCGCGGCGGCCCGGACGGCGCGCGCCGCCUCUCUUCCUCAGUCCGCCCCCGUCGGCCCUCGCGGCGCGCGCACCGGACCGGCCUAGGCUCCACACUCAGGCCGGCAGGCUCGCGGGUUUGCUCGCCCCGCCCCCCCCCCCCCCUCGGCGCCGCAGCUGGGCGCUUGCGCGGGGCGCGUGGCCGUGGCCAGGGUCUCCGCCGCAGCCGGUGCAGUCGCCGCUGCCGCCGCUGCCUCCGCCUCAGUCAGUCAGUCAGUCCCCAGCAAUGGCGGAAGGAGGUGAGCGAGAGGAGCUGCUCUCGCCACCGCCGGUCUCUCCGGCCAAGCGCCUGUGCUCGUGGCCCAGUCCGCAGGCUCACCACCCUCGCGGUUCGCCCGGGGCGGCCGGCGGCGGGGUGGGGGGCGUCGGCGGCAGCUGCCUGCCCCUGGGGGCCCGUCCCCACCUGCAGCCCGAGUCCUUGCUGGACUGUGCCGCCAAGACCGUUGCGGAAAAGUGGGCGUACGAGCGGGUGGAGGAGCGCUUCGAGCGGAUCCCGGAGCCCGUGCAGCGCCGCAUCGUCUACUGGUCCUUUCCGCGGAAUGAGCGGGAGAUCUGCAUGUACUCCAGCUUCCAGUACCGCGGCGGCCCUGGCGCCGGCUCGGCUGGAGGCGCCGCUGGGGCUUCGCCGGCCGAGGAGGGGCCGCCGCCACCCCCCGGGGCCGCCGCUCCGGCCGGCUCCGCCCCCGGGGCAGCCGCGGCGGGGGCGUCCCCCGGACUGGGCUCAGGGGCAGGAGCCGCCGGCGGCGGCGGUGGUGGCGAGGGGCUCCCAUUCCGCCGGGGCAUCCGUCUGCUGGACAGCGGCUCCGUGGAGAAUGUGCUGCAAGUCGGCUUCCAUCUCAGUGGCACAGUAACUGAGCCGGCCACUACUUCUGAACCAGCAGUGACUUAUAAAGUUGCCAUCAGUUUUGAUCGAUGCAAAAUCACUUCAGUGGCGUGUGGCUGUGGGAACAAAGACAUAUUCUACUGUGCCCAUGUGGUAGCGCUCUCACUCUACAGGAUCCGUAAACCAGACCAAGUCAAACUGCGUCUUCCUAUCUCAGAAACCCUUUUCCAGAUGAAUAGGGACCAGCUACAAAAGUUUAUUCAGUAUUUAAUCACGGCACACCACACUGAGGUUCUUCCUACUGCACAGAAGCUGGCAGAUGAGAUUCUAUCCUCCAACUCCGAAAUCAACCAAGUAAACGGUGCCCCUGACCCCACAGCUGGGGCCAGCAUUGAUGAUGAGAACUGUUGGCAUUUGGACGAGGAACAGGUGAAAGAACAAGUGAAGCUCUUUCUCUCCCAGGGUGGUUACUAUGGCUCUGGAAAGCAACUCAAUUCAAUGUUUGCAAAGGUUCGAGAGAUGCUGCGGAUGAGAGAUUCCAAUGGAGCCAGGAUGCUGACGCUAAUAACUGAGCAGUUUAUGGCUGACCCACGACUCACACUCUGGAGGCAGCAAGGAACAACCAUGACAGAUAAGUGCAGGCAGCUCUGGGAUGAGCUAGGGGCGUUAUGGGUGUGCAUCAUUUUAAAUCCACAUUGCAAACUGGAGGAAAAAUCCUGUUGGCUGCAGCAACUGCAGAAGUGGAAUGACCUGGAUGUCUGUCCCCUGGAGGAUGGGAACUAUGGGCAUGAGCUGCCCAACAUCACCAACGCACUUCCCCAGAAUGCCAGUCACCGUUCAGAUUCUUUAUCCAGACCAAGACGGACAGUGUUCACUAGAGCCAUCGAGGGCCGUGAAUUGCAUUGGCAGGACAGCCACUUACAGCGAAUAAUCAGCAGUGAUGUAUAUAUAGCUCCUGCCUGCCAGCAGGAAAGUGAGAGACUACUCUUUAAUUCCCAAGGCCAGCCACUGUGGCUUGAGCAUGUGCCUACAGCCUGUGCUCGGGUUGAUGCCCUGCGUUCCCAUGGUUACCCAAAAGAGGCCCUCAGACUCACAGUGGCCAUUAUCAAUACUCUGAGGUUGCAGCAGCAACGGCAGCUGGAAAUCUACAAGCAUCAGAAGAAAGAACUGUUGCAGAGAGGAACCACAACGAUCACAAACCUAGAAGGCUGGGUGGGCCACCCCCUGGAUCCCAUUGGCUGCCUGUUUCUCACUUUGACUGAGGCCUGCCGCCUGAAUGAUGAUGGCUAUCUGGAAGUGUCAGAUAUGAAUGAAAGCAGAGCCCCUGUUUACCAGCAUGUGCCUGUGGCUGCAGGCUGCCCAGACAGCAGUGAGUCCUACCUGUCAUUGGCCAUGGAAGUUGCUCUGAUGGGGAUGGGUCAACAGAGGGUGAUGCCUGAAGGCCUCUACGCACAGGACAAGGUGUGCCGUAAUGAGGAGCAGCUCCUGAGUCGACUCCAGGAGCUGCAGCUGGAUGAUGAGCUAGUGCAAACACUGCAGAAGCAGUGCAUCUUACUCCUGGAAGGAGGCCCCUUCAGCGGUCUGGGAGAAGUCAUCCACCGAGAGAGUGUUCCCAUGCAUACCUUUGCCAAGUAUUUGUUCUCAGCUCUACUGCCUCAUGAUCCAGACCUGUCCUAUAAAUUAGCCUUACGUGCCAUGAGGUUACCUGUUCUAGAAAACUCAACUUCUGCAGGCGACACUUCCCACCCUCACCAUAUGGUAUCUGUGGUGCCCAGCCGUUACCCUCGCUGGUUCACGCUUGGACACUUGGAAUCACAGCAGUGUGAACUGGCCUCCACCAUGCUGACUGCUGCCAAAGGAGACACUCUGAGGCUCCGCACAAUCCUGGAAGCAAUACAGAAGCACAUCCAUUCUUCCUCCCUCAUCUUCAAACUGGCCCAAGAUGCAUUCAAGAUUGCUACACCCACGGACAGUAGUACAGACAGCACCCUGCUCAACGUGGCCCUGGAGCUGGGGUUACAGGUGAUGAGGAUGACCUUAUCAACCCUUAACUGGAGGCGCCGGGAGAUGGUGCGGUGGUUGGUGACAUGUGCUACAGAAGUGGGUGUGCAGGCCCUGGUGAGCAUCCUGCAGAGCUGGUACACACUCUUCACCCCCACCGAGGCUACCAGCAUUGUGGCUGCCACAGCCGUAUCCCACACCACUAUCCUGCGCCUCAGUCUUGACUAUCCACAGCGGGAGGAGCUGGCUAGCUGUGCUCGCACGCUGGCCCUGCAGUGCGCUAUGAAGGAUCCACAGAGCUGCGCCCUAUCGGCCCUUACACUUUGUGAGAAGGACCACAUCGCCUUUGAAGCAGCCUACCAGAUUGCCAUCGAUGCUGCUGCCGGCGGCAUGACUCACUCACAGCUGUUCACCAUCGCCCGCUACAUGGAGCUCCGUGGCUACCCGCUACGUGCCUUCAAGCUGGCCUCACUGGCCAUGAGCCAUCUCAACCUGGCCUACAACCAGGACACCCACCCGGCCAUCAACGAUGUGCUCUGGGCGUGUGCCCUCAGCCACUCCCUGGGCAAGAAUGAGCUGGCGGCCCUGAUUCCCCUGGUGGUGAAGAGCGUGCACUGUGCCACAGUGCUUUCAGACAUCCUACGGCGCUGCACGGUCACUGCACCUGGCCUGGCUGGCAUCCCAGGCCGCCGCAGCUCGGGAAAGCUUAUGUCCACCGACAAAGCUCCCCUGCGCCAGCUGCUGGAUGCCACCAUCAAUGCCUAUAUCAACACCACACACUCGCGCCUGACACACAUCAGCCCUCGCCACUACGGAGAGUUCAUUGAGUUUCUGAGCAAGGCCCGGGAGACCUUCCUGCUGCCGCAGGAUGGCCACCUGCAGUUUGCCCAGUUCAUCGACAACCUCAAACAAAUCUACAAAGGCAAGAAGAAGCUGAUGCUGCUGGUGCGAGAGCGCUUUGGCUGAGAGAGCAGAUGGCUCGCUGCUGGGGCAUCCUGCGCUCCCAGGUACCAUCCGGUCAGGCCAAGGACACAAACAUUUGUCCACCCUGAGAGGACUCUGAGCACCUGUGGCUGAAGCCAGAGGACCACAGGGCUAAGCAUGGGGAGAGUCCAACUCUAGCCAACAUGCCUUGUCAAGGUUCUCGCAACAGCCCACUGUUCCUGGAGGAGCUGGGCCCUGCAGACCAAUCAGAAACCCCACACAUGCCACCUCACGCCCCGCUAUCCUGCGUGUCCUGGGCGUUGGCCCUCUCUCCUUGGCAAACACAGAACACUGUUCCGUCUCAGGGAUUGCUUAACCAGAGAAACAGAAGCAUUUAUGGUACUGUAAAUACUAUAGUAUAUGUGUUGCCAAUUACAUUGUAAAAUUGUAACUAUUUAUAAUUCUGGUUCUAAUUUGAUGGGUAGCUGUGGGUGGGAAGAUAGGCUUGUUUUCUGAGGAGAUUCACAACCAUUUCUCAGGUUUCCCUUGCAGAGUAUAUGCUAUUGGCAGUGGAAGAGUGGGGGUGGCAGAGAGAAAAAUGGCCAUUAGAGUAAACCCCAAGUCUAGUCUAUGCAGAAACCCCGGCCUGCAGAUAGGCAUUGACAGCCCGGUGGUGGGUGAGGGGCAGGGCCCCGUCUUGACUUAGACUUUCACCUCACGAAGCCAUGAGGACACAGAAGCUCUUGCUCCUGCCUCACACAGCCUCUCUCUCUGGGGGCCUGCCGAGCUCCUGAGAAACAAGGGCGGGGAGAAGGUGAAGGUCUGGGAGGCCACUGGGCUCAUAAUGUUCAUCUACUCUGGUCACCUUUGUGUUAGAGAGCAUCUGGUUUCAUCUCUCAUUAUACUUGUGUGUGUGUGGAUCUGAAUGGCUACGUACAUGCAUCUGUGCGCAUAGAUAUAUCUGUGCAUGCCUGUAUGUGCACAUGUAUAUUUAUGUGUAUCUGUGUCAGGUCUGUGUCUGUGUGAAGACAUGUCUGUGUACUGGAUGGUGGGUUUCUGUGUGAGGGUAUACACAUUUGUGAACAUAUAAAAAUACAUAUCUGUGUGUGUGUGUGUGUGUGUUGAUGUUUGUCGAUGCAUGUGUAGUGUUCGUGUAUCUGGGCACACGUAAGUGCAUGUGUAUAAACAUGUCCAUGUCUGUGUGUAACUGUGUAUAUUUCCACAUGUAGCUUUGUCUGUGAAUUCAUGUUUGAGGAUCUGCAUGAAUGUGUCCCUUCUCUUUUUGCCAGAUCUCUCAUCCCCAUUUCUCUUAUUCUCUCACCAGCUAAACAUGUUCCACAUCUCUGUGCCUCCUUUAUUCACCAUUGUCUCACCAAACAAGCUUCUAAGCACUAGUCUCCCUCUGCCCUGAGUGGCUCCUUCAGCGCCACAUUUCUCUUCUUACCCUGUACUUGCUUUCUUCCCCUGCCUUUCUACCUCAAGCUUCUUCUGCCUGCUUCUGUCACAGUCCCAUUGGUCAUUGGUUUGGAGGCUGUGGCUGGAAUGCAUUUGGCCUUUUCCUUUCUGACUAGUUUCUAGCUCUAGUGGGCAACCCCUGUCUUAGCCCUGGCUGACCUCCACAGUGUAUCGUGUUCCUGCUACCCUCCUGACCCCUCUGCUCAGCCUGGAAUUGUAAUAGGAGGUAGCACAGGCAUUCAGAAGUGUCAUUUAGAUGCCAGUGUCUUGGUGGUUACUGUUUCAUGUUUUAGUUCCCGAGUAGGGGGUGGGGUGUGACAGGGAAGGGGUGGUAUAGUUAGAGUGUGAACUAAGGACCUCUUUGUCUGCUUUACUUUCCUGUCUUUGACAAACUGUUUGUGUCACUUUUUUUUUUUCUCCACACUAACCAGUAAGUUGCAUUUGCUGUUUGUGACUACCAAAGUCUCACCGUCCAGCUACGGGCCCAACAACCUCUCAGCCCAAUAGGUUGGUUUAAAAAAAAAAAAAAGACGACGCCACUCCCAUUUCUGUAUCACAAUUGCCGUUUUUUAGCAAGUGUGUGAACUCACAGUGCU